GGUAUAGUGGGUAAUGGGGUUCAGCAGUUAAAGGGUUAAUAUGCAGACACAUGGUAGGGUAGUGUGUGCGGGAAACUCAGCCAUGGAAGGGUUAAUGUUGUAGCCUUAGGUAGGGCAGAGAUUGCAGAGGGUGAUUCACAGUUUCACCCUCCCUAAUGCUGUGCGGUUAAUGUUUGACAAGUUCCAGCGACUGGCUUGGUCUACUACUGAUCCUCCGGUUUUCUGAAUUCAAGGAGUGAAGGGGAGUGACCGGAUCUCGUAGGAACACGUUGGAGAGACUAGGUCUGGUUCUGAUUGAUCCUCAAGGAAAGCUCUGGGCUUCCUGUCUCCCAGGAGAAAAGGAGUGAAAGACGAGUAACUGUGUGGUUCCAAUUGAUCCUCAAGCAAAUUUCUAGACGUCCUAUCUCCCAGGAGUGCAGAGAAGAGACUGUUUCUGAUACAUACCCAAGCACAUUGGAUUUUUUUCCCUGCAUGAGCAGUUGCAAACCAAUACAAUAGAUAUUCCCACAGUAAGACAAUGGUAUGCCCUUACUCCCAGCCCAAAUUGCCCCUAAAAUUUCUUGGCCCAGCUGAACUCUGUUUGGAAAGAGGACGAUUUUGACUGGUACUCAAGCAAAUCCCUGCUCUGCUACACAUUUGACUAUAAGCUCACACUCUAGUUAGCAUCCAGAUGGUAAUUAUAGCCUAAUACAGGGAAAGCAACCCCAUACAGAUUCAAGAUGGACGUGACAGAAACAGAUCCUUGUGAUCUUAUUGACCACUCUCAUGUGCCAGAUUUUGAGGUCAGAUUGGCUGUGAAGAUCACUCUAACAGUCCUGUAUGCAUUCAUUCUGCUGGCUGGAGUUCUAGGGAACAGUCUCACCAUCAAGACCAGCAAGGUCCUGCGGGAUAAGGGCUAUCUGCAGAAGGGAGUGACCGAUCACAUGAUCAGCUUGGCCUGCUCAGAUCUAUUGGUCCUACUGUUGGGGAUGCCAGUGGAGCUUUACUCAGUCAUCUGGUUCCCCUUGUCCUCUAACUAUGGGAACAUCACCUGCAAAAUCUACUGCUUUCUCUUUGAGGCCUGCAGCUAUGCCACCAUCUUCCAUGUGGCCACCCUGAGCUUUGAAAGAUUUGUGGCCAUCUGUUAUCCCUUCCGCUUUAAAGUGAUCUCAGGCUCUCGGGUGGUAAAGCUGAUGAUUGGCUUUGCCUGGAUCACAUCACUCUGUGUUGCUUUGCCUCUGAUAUUUGCUAUGGGGGCAGAGUAUCCCCUGAAUCCGUCAGAGGGCCACAAGAGACACCGUAUCUGCAAUCAGACUGCCCUUCACACCCCCAGGCAAAAUGCGACCCUGUGCACCAAUCUGUCUAACCGUUGGGUGGUUUUCCAGUCUAGCAUGUUCAGUAGCUUCAUUAUCUACAUCCUGGUGCUGUGCUCAGUGGCCUUCAUGUGCCGCAAAAUGAUGCUUACCAUUAUGGCCACACAAAAAGGGACUGUGGUUGUCAGGGGCAAGAACAAAACUAGCAUGGCCAGUGAAAUGACUAAAAGCAGCAGUCCGGAGGCCCAGACAGCCAGGAAGCAAACCAUUGUGUUUCUGGGUCUCAUUGUCGGGACACUUGCCCUCUGCUGGAUGCCUAACCAAGUCCUCCGCAUCAUGGCAGCCAGCACUCCAAAAUACGAAUGGUCUGUCAAGUACUUCCACAUCUACAUGACACUACUCCCUGUAGCAGAUACCUUCUUCUACCUGAGCUCUGUGGUCAACCCCCUUUUAUAUAACAUCUCUUCUAAGCAGUUCCGAGCCGUCUUCCUACAAGUCCUGCGUUGCCACCUCACCAUUGAACAUGUCAACAAGGAAAGGCUUCUGAGAGCCCAGCAAAUCUCAGCCAAGAACAACGCCAGCUCAAAGCGCCCCCUCAUCCUCAUGUCUAUAAGAGGGAGCCUCUCUGGAAGGAAGACUAAAGAAAAGACAUUUAAUAAUUUCCAAGCUGCCGGUGCCUCUGACAUGCCACUAAGUAGCCAGGAAGCCAGUUGGACAGAAAAGGAAAUGAAGGUAGAAAGUAGCGGCAGUAAAACAUCAAGACCAAAUGGUCUGUGUGAAAGUGAAAUCUGAGCUCAAAUAAUACCAAUAAAAUACACAGGGAACCAUAAUGCAAGAGAAGAGCAGAAUCAUCAGUUUGUGAUGUGCUUGUUUAAUAUG